GCUCACACCCCCGAUCUGCAUUGGCCCACGUUGGGUCUCUCAGUGGGUUCGCAUAGGAUCCCCACGGGUCCCACACGGGUAUCUAUGGGUCUUCAAUGGGUCCAUACGGGUCUCUACGAGUCCCCGUGGUUAUGCGUUGUUCUGGGUGGGUUUGUAGGUUACUGGGUUCUGUAGGUCCGCCACGGGUCUUCAUGGGGAUCCCAUAUGUCUACACCCGUCUGCAGCGGUCUGGAUGGGUUUGUAUGCAACGGGUCUGUGAGUCCACACCGGCCUGCAUAGGUUCCCAUCUAUGAGUCUCUAUGGAUUCCCCACGGUUCCUCAUGCUUCUACAUUGGUCUGGAUGGGUUUGCAUGUUAUGGGUUUGUAUGUAAUGGGUCUGUGGGACUCCAUGGGUCUGCAUGGGCCACCAUAGGUCUACACGCAUCUGCGUUGUUCUGAAUCGGUUUGAAUGCUUACUGGUCUCUGGGUCAACGUAGAAUCUGUAUUGGUCUACAUGCUGCUCUAUGGGUCCACGCGGUUUUCACAUUGGUUUCGAUGGGGCUGUAGGUUACAGGUCUGGGUCCUCACCAGUCCACAUGGGACUUUUGAGUCCCCAAUGGGUCACGUGGGUCUCCUAUGGGUUUCCAUGGGUCUCUAUGGAUCCUCAUAUGUCGCCAUCGGGCCACAUGUACGUAUGUAUCUUGAACAUCUUUCGCACCGUAAGUAGCCAACCGUGCUGAUCGGAGGUCCGGGGAAAGGACAACAAACUAAACACAGAAAGCAUAGAGACUUGGGGCCGCAUGGGUUCACAUAGGUCAACAUUGGUUCCUAUGGGACUGCAUGGGUCUGCAUGAUUCCACAUGGGUUGGUCAAUUCUACUGCUGAGUUAUCUGGCUGGUGAUCUGUUACACCUUCAAGAGGACUGCUUGUUGCUGGAUGUUUGGUGUUCAGAACCUUUGAGCUCCUGUGAUUUGAUUUUCUCUCGAACGGAUUACAGUAGACUCUCGAUUAUCCGUGCUAAUGACGGGCAGGACGGCCAUGGAUAAUUCAAAAUCGUGGAUAAUCCGCAGAUCUCUAUGCCAAUAACCAGGAAUAUAUGUAUAAAUAAAGAACAAAUACGACCGACCCAUCGAUGUGUGUGCUUAGUGAUAACACUUUCCUGCUCCCGCCCAGCAGAAGACUCGGCCCACUAAGUGGAUAGCAGAGUCACGCCAAUCAACAUCAAUCAAACUCCACCCACUGUUGUAAAGAUAUGGCAACUACUGUACUGUAGAAGGAAAUCACUUGGAUUUCGGACUAACCGGAGGGACAUUUGUUCUGUUUAAGCACCGUGUGACUUUAAAGAAACAUUUCCAAGGAUAACAAUGUUUAGCUGUUUUUUAGAUUAUCAAUUUCAGCUUAAGGGAAAAUCCACGAGUUUAUGAAUUUGUGUCAAGAUCUCAGGUGCGCGGUUCAUCCGCAAAUCGGGAUAAACCGCACGCGUGGAUAAUCGAGAGUCCGCUACAGUUUUAGAUCAUGAACCAAAGUUGCCUAAUACCAUGGAAACUUUCUGGACCGGAUAACUUUUUAAUAAAUAUUUUUUUUAAAUGUCCACAUCUCCGUCAGAUGUCGUCCAACUUCACGCAUCCUCGCAUCAAGCGGGAGGAAGAGGAAAUGCUGGGCCCUGGCCUGUGCUUUGACUGGGCGGUGAAGAGCGAAGAGUUUGAUGCUGAGAUGGACGUGAAGCAGGAAGAUGAGGAACAAGAGCCGAGCUAUGAGGUGCUGAAAGUAGUCGUGAAGGACGACGUGGAAAAUGCCACUCGAGUCAGCGACUUUCAUGUUAAUGGAGACGACGGUGAAGAAACGUUGGACUGCCGUGAAAGCCAGGCCACUCCGACCCAGGUCUUCACCGAAAUGGAGGUGUGGGAAGCAGACAGCGUCUUCGAUGAUGAACUUGGACCAGGACACCUGUGUGAGGAGUGCAGAAAUGACUUUGAUAGACUUUCCAUCAUGAAGUUCCCUUUGAUAGAAAACACCGACGAGAGACCGCAGUCAUGCAAGCAAUGUGGCAAGAGCCUCGUCGACGACGAUCCCCACUACAAGGAACAGUUUGAGACGCAAUCUGCAGAGGAGUCGUACGUGUACGAGGGGUUUAUGAAUGGCUCCGUGCAGGACAAUAGCUUGGAAGUGGAUCGGCCGGUGCAUCCUGAAGAACAGCCCUACGUUUGCCACGAGUGCGGCAAGGGGUUUGCGUAUCCGUGCAGUUUGAAGGAGCACUUCCGAACACACACAGGCGAGUGGCCACACGUGUGCAAGGAGUGCGGCAAGGGCUUUUCCUACCCGUCCGCUUUGAAGCUGCACUCGAGAACGCACAACGGCGAGAGGCCACACCUCUGCGGGGAGUGCGGCAAGGGCUUCACGCGCCCAUUCAGCUUGAAAGAGCACAUCAGGACGCACACGGGCGAGAGGCCGCACACGUGCAAGGAAUGUGGAAAGGGGUUCUUGAACCCCUCUGCCCUCGAGGCGCACUCCAGAACGCACAAAAACGAGUGGCCGUACGUCUGCAAGGAGUGCGGGAAGGGCUUCCUGUACCCCUCCGCUUUGAAGGAACACUCCAGAACGCACACCGGCGAAAAGCCCUACGCGUGCAAAGAAUGCGGGAAGACGUUCACGCAUCUGUCUGGCUUGAAGGAACACUCCGUGGCGCACGGCAAAGAGUGGCCGCACAUGUGCGGCGAGUGCGGGAGGGGGUUCCUGUACCCCUCUGGCUUGAGGGAGCACUCGAAAACGCACAGCGCCGCGAAGCCGCAUGCGUGCGGGGAGUGCGGCAGGGGGUUCGCCCACGCCGUCGGCCUGGUCGCGCACUCGAGGACGCACGCCGGCGGCGAGCGGCCGCACUCGUGCAAGGAGUGCGGCAAGGGGUUUUCGCGCGCGUCCGGCUUAAAGGAGCACUCGAAGACGCAUGCCGCCGAGAGGCCGCACGCAUGCGAGCAGUGUGGGAAGCGUUUCGCGCGCGCGUCCGGCUUGAAGGAGCAUUCGAAGACGCACACGGGCGACAGGCCGCACAUCUGCGCAGAGUGCGGCAAGGGCUUUCUGUAUCGCUCUAUUUUGAAGGCGCACUCCAGAACGCACACCGGCGAGAAGCCACACGUUUGCAAGGAGUGCGGCAAAGGCUUUGCGGACGUCUACGGUUUGAGGACGCACACGAAGACGCACACGGGUGAGAGGCCGCACGUGUGCAAGGAGUGUGGGAAAGGAUUUUUGUUCCCUUCUGCUUUAAUGGCUCACUCUAGAACACACUGGUAAGGUUUGCCACGAUAUCAUGAUUCAAUCACCUCUUGAGAAGAGAGUAAGAGGGCCUUUAUAGAUAAUGGAUCGCCGUGUAUAAACAGUGUAGCAAAUGUAAGACAAGAGUCUUACUGGCAUAGCUUGAAUUUUCUUCUUCUUGCUUGACAUCCGUUUCUUCAAACAUGCGUGCGUAGUGUCGGGUUCCCAUGGGUGUGUCUGGGUGGUCAGUCAAGCCGUCGCCAUGAGUAGAUGUAGCCGGAACCGAGACAUUGAGGCUCUGGGUGACUUUUCGAAGGUCAAGCUGAGCAAAACAUUUUUAUUGAUGUAACUUCCCCAUUACAUUCGCACCAAGUUUAAAGUAACAAAACAAUACGUUUAAAUACUUUGGCCGUUUAGGCCUACUAUGUUACGCAACACAUAAACGUAUAGCACUCUCCUCACCAACACGCGGAGACAGGUCAGGAUUCCAGUUUGUUUAUUCCACCUCUGUCACACACAGCUCCCUCCAUCCACAGCUCUCUCCACACAGAGCUCCAAUUUCAUCCACAGCUCUCUCCACACAGAGCUCCCUCCUUCAUCCACAGCUCUCUCCACAUACAGCUGCCUCCUUCAUCCACAGCUCUUUUCACACAGCUCCUUUGCUCCCCUCCAGCAAACUCAAAAUAUUUCGGCCUGGAUUAUUUUUAAUCUCCCACAUCACGCCCAUUCCUCUGCUCUCCUUGUCCAACUCCAUUGGCUUCCCGCCUACUACAGCUAUUUAUUCAAAUUCUUCACCCUUGUUUACAAAUCGCUCCAUGGUUCUGCCCCACCUUAUCUCGCUUCUCUUAUUUCUUACUAUGUUCCACCUGGGCCCCUGCGUUCACAAUCUCUGUUGUCCCUCACGACGCCUCCUCCCUGUGCCCAGUCACGUCUCCGCUCCUUUUCCCUCCUGACUCCAUUCCAUUGGAAUAAACUCCCACUCCACAUCAAGCAGGGCUAAUUUCACGAAAACAUUUUUCGUUCCUCCCUGAAUACUCAUCUUUUUUCACUACCGUAUCCCUCUGCUACUUCCUUUCCUCGUCCUUAAAACCUCUUAACCAUCUUUCCCCUUCCUAACCUUGCCACCCCUCCCUUUCCGUAUCAUCACCCUCCCCUGCCAUCCAUUCCCCUCCCCAAUACUCAAACCGCAUCACUUUUACCCAUCAGCCAAUACUGAUGUACCAUUUAUAAUUCUUGUGAAUCGCUUUAAAAGCAUUAUAUAAAAUCCUAGAUAAGAUAAGCUCCCUCCUUCAUCCAUAACUCUCUCCACACACAGCUCCCUCCUUCACCCCAGCCCUCUCCUCUCGUCCCUCCUCGGACGUGCCCUCUUGUCCCCACGGUCCCCUGUGCUCAGUCACGUCUCCGCUGCUUUUCCCUCCUGGCUGCCCUCCACUGGAAUAAACUCCCACUCCACAUCAAACAGACAACUUCGCGAACCAUUUUUUGUUCCUCCCUGAAGACUAAUCUUUUUUUCAAUAGCAUAUCCCUCUUCCCCUUCCUAACCUCGCCCCUCCCUUUCCCUAUCAUCACCCUCCCUUGCCAUUCCUUCCCAUCCCCAACACAACAUUCAAACCCUAUCUUUUACUAAGGUACCAUUUAUAAUUAUUGUAAAGCGCGUUGACAAGCGCUAGAUAAAAUCUUAGAUAACAUAAGCACCCUCCUUCAUCCACAACUCUCUCCUUUCGACCACCCCUCCGACGUGCCCUCUUGUCCCCACGGUUCCCUCCCACUUCCUCCAUCUCCCCUCAUCCCUGUUGCCACAUUCCCAGCGGCCAAUCACACAUCGUCACAUCUCGGACCGUGUCUCAAGCAGGGGGUUGGGGCCUAAAGACGAUGGAGGCAGGAGAACAAAAAAGACCCCAUCUCCAAACUGUGAACUGUAUUGAUUUAAGGAAAAUAAAACGUAGAAAAAAUAAGUGCAGCAGGGCAGCAUGAAUGCAAUGCCGAAGAUGCUGCUACUGGCCUACUAGUUUUCCUGUGUCGUUCUUGUGAAUGGUGCUCUCUACCCCAACAUGCAAUGUUAUUGUGUUCCUGUAGUCCGUACGAACGUAUCAAUAUUGCGCUUAGAAGCUGUUGUAACGUGUAGAUGUGUAGCACUUUUAUCUGUGGGACCCCUUUUUACCGGUAUCCAGAUUAUGAAAAAAUAAUAGGCUUUACCCUUUGCAGCAAAUAAUACAGAUGUUAAGAUAUUCAAACACUACUCGAUCCGAGAUAUCAAUGCUUUGCUAUUUUCGGCGUUGUUCUCUGAUCUAACACGGUUGCAGAGGCAAGGCCAUAAAGAGGCUGUCUCUUGUGUAGGCCAAUAAUUUCCCAGGACAAUGUAUACAUUAUCAGCAGAGCGUGUUUGUUUUGCAUGCUUUACCACAAGCAUGAUGUGAGGUUCAUGCAGACUUCAUGUCUUGCAAUAGUAGGUGUCUAUUUGGCAUUUGAACACCUCAACACCCUCUUGUGUUAUUGCCAGAAAGGGUAAAUCCUAUCCUUUUUUAUCAUCGUUGUAGCACUUUUAUCAAAUCAUUGCUGGAUGACGGCCUCUACUAGCCGUGUGGGUUGCGAAGGGGGGUGGUUAAUUAACACCGGUUAACGCACGUUGGGUAACGUACAGAUGAGCAUGGUACGGUACAGCAAUUUUGCUGCAGUUGCCCUCUGAUACCCACAAAGUUAGGCCCACAACCUGCCUAUUGUUGUAACAUCCUUUAUGCGCGGUGGUCGCCCAUCCGAGCACUUUACAGGGUCGACCCUACUUAGCUUCCGAGAUCUGCCGAGAUCGGGUGCAUUCUGGGUGUUUUUUGUUGUUGUUGUAGGCAUGAACUGUUAACAAAAAUUCCCAAUUUUAAAAUAAACCCCAAAUUCAGUAUA